AUGAAAACUGCGCUCAGAGACUUCCUGUCGGAUCGUUUAGUAAGUGUGUGUGUGACCAUUCACGGUAAUCGAGUAUCUCAAGCAGCAUAUACACUGCGUUUUAGUCAUAGGCUGAGGACUGAGUACUGGAGGACGAGUCCGGAAGAUUGCGUCACGGAUUUGUACGUACCGUACCAUCCCCUCGGACUCGGUUCACGCACACUAGGGAUAAGCUCCGGUCUCUACGACGAUGUGCUGAGGACGACUUGUCGCAGAAAUGAGGUUUACACGAGGUGCAGAGGAGAGGGUAUCUGUGGAGGAGAAGAACCAAAAUCAGUGGUCCAUCGCAGGGGGCAGCUCACAAACCCCGGUACCAGUCUGCUGUUCUUAACUAUGUUGUGGCCUUGGCUUAAGAUCGACCAGAAAACGAUCAACGUCCGACGCACUCGACUCAGUACGGCGCAUUUAAUCGCCUUGGACCACCUCCUAUACGUAAAGCGCUGGGAGUCAUCUUGUACGUUCUCUUGCUUUGGGGUCAAUGACGUGGCAACUCUGAGGCGUCGAGUUUACACAAACGAGCCCACGUAG